CGGAAGUUCAGAGGUCUCGCAAACCAAAGGUCGGAUAAUCGUGGAUUCCACUGUAAACAGCGAGUUUGCGUCGCGUUUUCUGUGUUCGCGCUCGAUCUGAGCGGAUGGGGCUUUAGCUGUGGCGUUGGUUCGACUGGAGAUGUUUGGAUGUCGUCGCGGCUGAUAUUUACAGUCACUCGGGCGAACGUAAAGCGCUGAAGACGGGACGAUGGUGUCCCUCAGGGGCCUGUGUUUCCUCCUCACUCUGUUUCUGGGCAGUUUCUUCGGCAGCAUCUUCAUGUUGGGUCCGGUUCUGCCGCUCAUGCUGCUCUCGCCCGCCUGGUACCGCUGGGUCACCGACCGCAUCGUGGCCACCUGGUUCACCCUACCGGUGGCGCUGCUGGAGCUGGUGUUCGGGGUGAAGGUGGUGAUCACGGGCGACGGCUUCGUUCCCGGCGAGCGCAGCGUCAUCAUCAUGAACCACCGCACGCGUCUGGACUGGAUGUUCCUGUGGUGCUGUCUGCUGCGCUACAGCUACCUGCGUCUGGAGAAGGUCUGCCUCAAAGUGGCGCUCAAGGCUGUGCCCGGCUUCGGCUGGGCCAUGCAGGUGGCCUGCUUCAUCUUCAUCCGGCGGCGCUGGGAGGAAGACCGCGCUCACAUGGCCAACAUGCUGCAGUACUUCUGCCACAUCAAGGAGCCGCUGCAGCUGCUGCUGUUCCCCGAGGGCACCGACCUCACCGAAAACACCCGCGCCAGGAGCGACGAGUUCGCCGAGAAAAACGGUCUUCCCAAGUACGAGUAUGUUCUUCAUCCUCGCACCACCGGCUUCACCUUCAUCGUCGACACGCUGCGGAAAGGUGAUAACCUGGACGCUGUGCAUGAUAUCACGGUGGCGUAUCCUCAGAACAUCCCUCAGACGGAGCGGCACCUGCUCCUGGGUCUGUUCCCGCGAGAGAUCCACUUCCACGUGCGGCGUUUCUCUGUGGCGUGUCUGCCCUCGAGCGCGGAGCAGCUGCAGCGCUGGUGUCAGGAGCGCUGGCGAGAGAAAGAGCAGCGUCUGUGUGCCUUCUACCGCUCCGAGCCGCGCCGCUUCGACCAGCCCGAGGCCCGCGUGCCGCCCUGUAAGAGCCAGCUGAGAGUGGCGCUGAUCAAAGCUGCGUCGCUGCUGUACUGGAGCAGCUUCAUCACGCUCUGCUGCGCCGGCCUGUGGCUCUGGACCCCCCUCAGACUCUACUUCCUGCUGAUGGUCAUCUUCUUCCUGUGUCAGCAGCGGGUCACGGGUGGAGUGGAGCUGAUGGAGCUGGCCUGCCACCGGCACUGGAGCGGCGGGAGAUCGCUGGAGCUGAAGGAGGAGUGAGAGACGCUUGUGUAUGUAAGCCCAGCCACAGCGCCUCCUGCUGGAGGAGAGGAUGAAGCGCAGCCUGCGGGAGCCACGCACGAGGGACCAGACGCAUCAGCAGUCAUCACUGUCGUACCUCCUUAUACUCUUUCAGGUCUUUGUGAUUCUCGUUUGCUUUAGUGGCUCAAAUCCAAACCACUUACAGCCAUAUUUUAAAGAAUUGUGAUAUUUUAUUUGGUUGCUUUGGUGCAUUUAUGUUCUGUAGUUACGGAACACAGCCAUAGCACAUUAGCUUUGAAAGAUAAUGUCAUAAAGGAAAAUCCGUUCAUCAGCAGCGCGUGGUGUUGUCAUGCAUGGCUGCAGUUAAUGUGACAGAAACGCAGCGAUGAAGCCGAACGCUGGUUUCUUCAGCUGGAAGCGGCAUGUGACGUUCUCAGACGAUCCUCGUGUAAAUCAGGGCUGAGGUACCGAUAUAACAGCUGACUGAACCGAACCUCCCGACCUCUGACCUCUCAUCGCUGCUGCCCAUAACUAUUAGUGUGGUGCUGAGCUGUUUGAACUGGUUUAGUGUCAGUGGUGAAGACCGGCUCACUGUGAUGGAGAUCCGUGUCUGUAUUCACACGCGUGUUUCUCCUCAUACACACGUCACUGUCACUAUCACUCAGGUAUAUUCAGUCACUGUAACUAACCAAUAAAUCAAUAC